AUGACGGAGCAGCAGGGAGAGCUGGCCGAGCUUCCCCCGUCUCCGGAUGAAGGGAGUAUGAGCAGUCCCCAGGGGCACCCGGACGGGGUUUUGACCGGGAGCGAGCAGAGCGUGGAGCGCAUCGGCGAGGUGCCAGGCACGGACAGGCAGGAGUUGGCUGUGCGCACCAGGGACAGUGAUGGGACCGAGGAAGAUGCAGAAACCCCAGAGGAGCCGCUGCUGAGUUUCCCCAGUGAGCUCUCAGUGCUGGAGAGACUGGGCUUGCACAGGGUGGCUUUGACAGAGCAGGAUGUGGAGGCAGCCUUUGCCCACCUUGCCCUGGCUUUUCGAUGUGACGUGUUCACCCUGCGGCAACGGGUGCAAGUGGAGAAACGGGCACGGGACGCGGCGGAGGAAAACAUCCAGGAGGAGCUGGGGCAGUGCCGGGCUGCCCUGGAGAGGCUGGGCCCAUCCUGCGCUGACGCAGGUUGCAAGGAGACGCUGGAGCAGCUGCAACACAGCCUGGCCGUGCUGGAAGCUGCUGUUGAGCGGGCAACCAGUGCUGCGGAGAAGCUGGGGGCUGUACAUCAGGAGGCCCGGAUGAGCAGAGCGGCAGAGGUGAUGGUCCAGCACGUGGAGAACCUGAAACGGCACCACAUGCGGGAGCACGCAGAGCUGGAGGAGAUGAAGCGCCUGAUCCAGCAAAACUCCCGCAACCGGCAGCUGGCGGAGACCCAGGAUGACGCGGAGCCACGGCUGAGGCCUCACCCCCUGAUGCGAACUUUCCAGCAGGGGUCUGCCCGCCGCAGAGUCAGCAUCGCCGUCAUCCCCAAGCAGCUCUUGCCAGGUGCCAGCCUGGACAGCCGAGCAGCCCUGGCCAGUGAGCUGGAGAGGGAGGGGGCCCAGCGCCGGCCCAGCACCCUGAGGAGUGAGCUGGAGCCACAGGCCCAGGACAGUGCCAUGACCGGGGAGCCAGCGGCCGAGGCAGAUGGCAGAGGCUCAAGUGCAGGGGACGAAGAGCUGGAGCAGCUUGGCCUGACGUCCAAGGGGUCCUCGGCAGAGCUGUGGCGGCCGUGGCUCUUCCUCCCACAGCACUACUGGGUUUUCUUCUGGCUGCUUCUCCUGAGCAUCGCCUUCCUCCUCCUCGUCCGCGUCCUGGAGUUGCAGCGGCUGCAGCCUGCGGCAUCGCCCAAGGCCUAA